AUGCUAUUUCGGCCAUGGUUACGCAAGCUGCUCUUCGAUGGUGUGCCAUCCUCAACCGCCCUGUAUGACUUGGACAUUGUGCCGGCCCUUUUCAACCUCGGUUACGAGCUUUUCCGCGACCAAGAGAAGCUUCAUGCAACCUUUAUCGUUGGAGGCUUGCUCGAACCCGCCAAAAACCUACCAUCGUUGGAUGCGAAGAUCGAUAUGAUAGGCGCUCUUAACCUUCUUUACCUCAUCCGCCUUGAAGAGCAAAAACGCGUGGCGUGUCGUCUUACGGGAUCUACAAAGCAAGUCUCCAGCUCUACAAUCCUAGGCCGACAGAUUGGAGUUCCAGUGGCCGGACAAUAUCAUGGAUUCACGAAAGAUACCACGGUCUAUGUGCGCAACGUGAAAACCUUCCAGCAUUUUUGGGAGGACGUAGCUGUUGCCACUGGUAGUACGUGGACUGUCGAUGCGUUCCUUGAAUCCGUGGAAAGCCAAUGUCUCAAGUAA